UCCGGGGCAGUGGUGUACUGGCUCACUAGAAGAUCUCACUGCAGCCAUGAGCAGUAAGGAAUACUUCAGCUGUGGACGCUCUGGCUACGGGGCCCAGGGAUGCCGUAGAGGAGGACAAGCUCCAGGACGCAGAGCUAGAGGCCGUGGCAGAGGUUCUCAGUGCAGUUCCACCACCCUAACUGACUUUUGUUACCGCUGUGGUGAGUCUGGUCAUCAUGCUAGGGACUGUGACUUUCUCGAGGACAUCUGCUACAACUGUGGGAAAAGUGGUCACAUCGCCAAAGACUGUGUCAAGCCUAAGCACGUGAGAGAACUGUGCUGUUACGCUUGUGGCAGACCUGGCCAUCUUGCUCGUGACUGUGACCAUCCAGAAGAGCAAAAGUGCUACACUUGUGGUGAACUUGGUCACAUUCAGAAAGACUGCCCACAAAUCAAAUGCUACCGGUGUGGCGAGACCGGCCAUGUGGCCAUCAACUGCACCAAGAAAAAGGACGUCAAGUGCUACUGCUGUGGGGAGUAUGGUCAUUUAGCCGCGGAAUGCCCCACUGAAGCUACCGAUUAACUUUUUUCCUUCCGUGCCCCCGCCUUUUGCUCACUGGUAAUUGUAUUAUUCUCUCUGAAACAUCUUCACUGAUGGAAGGUUGAUAGACAGAAGUUACUCCCAGGCCAGUUAGCUUUAAUUAUCAUGUUAAAGGAGGAAAGGGCUAGAAAAAAUAUCGGACUUGUAGAUGUCUUGUAAUCAAUGUGUUUCUGUACCACUAGUAAAUCCGCUUAUUAAAUAGCCAUUCGGAGCCCAAGGUAAUUUCUAGGUUCUUUGGAGUAUUUUUAUUUAAGCUCCAAUUAAGACCUAAAGUGUGCCAGCUACUACUGGAGGAGUUAAGGAUACAUCAGUAAAUAAAUCAGAGCAAGUUUGAGAACACAGGCCUAGAAUCCAUUAACAAACGAAAUAUGUACUGUGUCAGAUGAAGAUAAAUUGCUACAGAGAAAAAGAACACCAAG